AUGUAUAAUUUUUACGCAAGUAAUCUUUGGUACAAUAAUAUCUUUGAUUCAUCAAAAUCUCAAUGUACAGUUAUUCCUUGUUUGGAUAAUGAUAAUGAUAAAAUCUUUCAAUCCACUUUCGAACAACAACAUUUACAACAACAACAAUCUCAACCACCACAACAUUUACAACAUCAACCUCAACAACAACAACAACAACGAUUAUCACAACAACCUUCACAACAAUCUCAACCACAACAACUAUCACGACUAUCACAACUAUCACAACUAUCUCACCUACAAAUUGUAUCAAGAAUGGUUCAAGAAGCUCUUCCUAAUUUUCCAAUCAUCAUUCCUACUUCAAAAACUAUUGAAGAAUUAGUAACUUGUAUAUCUCAACGUUCUAGACCUGGCAAACCUCCUCGUCCUCAAAAUAGAUUUCUUUUAUAUCGUAAGAAUUUAUCAGCGAAUUUACAUAAUCAAUUAUUAGGUUUAGGUGUGAAAGGAAUUUCUUCCCUUGCUGCUCAAUUGUGGAACGACGAAUCACGUGAAGUCAAAGAAUUUUACAAUCGGUUGGCUGAUUUGGCCAAAAGGAUUCACAAGAAAGUAUAUCCUUAUUAUAAAUUUACUCCCAAAAAUGUGAAACGAAAAUCUGCAACAAAUAAUAAGAAAAAGAGUAAUGAUCCCAAAUCAUUGAGUCGAUUAAAUAAUCAUAAUAGACAACCACCACCAUUAUCAAGUUUGAUUUCACCAAAUCGUCAUCAAUUCGAGGAAAAUUAUUCACUCGAAUAUCCAUCAUCAUCUUCUUCAAUCUCUUAUACAUUCAACAAUAAACCUGUUGCUAUUACUGAGCCUACACAACAACAACAAUUCUACUUCACUCUUCCGACACCGUUUACUACUAAUAUUAAUAAUUACUUUGUCAAAAAUCAUUAA